CAUGUUUCGCCUCCUCGUCCUUGCGCUCGCGCUGUGGCUCUCCGUCGCCGCCGACGGGAGCGCGGAGCGGUCCUCCGCGCCCGAGUCCGAGUCCCCUUCUCGCGCUCCCGGCUUGGGUGAACCGUGUGGCCCGCGCAAUGGCCCCACGGCCGCGCGCUGCGCUCCGGGUCUGGAGUGCGUGAAGAGCAAGAAGGAGAAGAAGAGCGGCAGCAGGACCGGCGUGUGCAUGUGCAAGAACGACUACGAGGUGUGCGGCACGGACGACGUGAGCUACAGCACCGCGUGCGAGCUGAAGGCAGCGAGCGCGCGCGCGGAGAGCGAGGGCAAGAUUGCCAUCAAGGUGCAGCACAAGGGCAAGUGCCAGAGAGCUCCUUCCAUUGUGACUCCUCCUGGAGAGGUGUGGAACGUGACGGGCUCACAGGUCUUCCUGAGCUGCGAGGCGAUCGGGGUCCCCACACCUGUGGUCACCUGGAAGAAGAUCAGCAAUGACAAGGGAAAGAUGCUGCUUCUCCCUGGAGACCAAGAUAAUCUGGCCAUCCAGAUGCGCGGAGGUCCAGAGAAGUACGAGGUCACCGGCUGGGUCCUGAUCUCUCCACUCACUAAGGAGGAUGCAGGCUCGUACGAGUGCCAUGCCAGCAAUGCCAAAGGCGAAGCCUCGGCUGUGGGUACCAUCCAUGUGGUGGACUCCAUCAGUGACAUCCCCACCAAGAAGAUGGUCAAGGACGACGAGCUGUAACGGGGCCGUGUGUGUCGCGGGCCCUCAUGGAACCUCCUGCAGGAUCAGGAUCAGACACGGACCAGCUACACACUGCUGUAUAUGCUUGCACACUGUGCCACCAGGGUCAACACCCUCACAUACAUACACAUAAACCUGCUAUGCACUUCACAACACAGUUAGCACUCACAAACACCUGAUACUCACCAGGGGGUUAUUUCAUACAGGGUUUUCUCAGUUAGCCAGAUAAGUUAAGCUUUAAGUCAGGCCUAACCUAUAGGAGAAGAAGCUAAGGACAUUUUAAAAUGGGCUUUGAGGAAAUAGUUCAGUGAAAAGAGGCUAAUGUUGUUAAUGGUAGACAAGGAAAGUGGUCAGAUCGCCCCCUGCUGUUUGCAUUCGAAUCGUAGGUUGACAAUGAAUUGGAGGUGCAGCACAUCACAGGUUAGUUAGAUGUGGCACAAUAUCAACGAUACUAAGGAUUAAUUGACAUUAAAAGACAAAUGAUGGCUCAGCAAAAUGUUCUGCUAUUAUACUGUACUUGUAGCUACUGUGCUAAUGUGUUUGCAAAAUGUUUCACAACAGUUCUAGCUUUAAGUAAUUUGUCAUAAAAAAAUUCUCUGUGGUGAAAUGAAUGGUGACUCAGAAUGUUUUGAAGGCAACCAGUCGAUAACGUAGGUCUUUUUCUCCCUGUUAAUGAAAGCGAAUAGCUGCUACUUAGCAUUGUGAAAAUGGAGCCAUGCUAAUGUGGCUAGCUUCUGUUUUUUAGAUAUGCUGGUUAGCAUGUAGGCAGUCCCAGAGUCAGAUUAAGGGAAGUCUGGCCACUUCCUCUUCCUACUGUUGUAUCAAAAACAUGACCGCCAAACACCAGAGGGCGCUCGAGCGAGUCCUAAAUGAAUGGAGGGUGAAUGGAGCUAAUCCGCUAAAAACAAAAAGUUAAAAUAAUUUCUAACCAUUUAUCCAGGACCUUCUUUUAAUUUUGGAAAGUACAAGGAUGUAUUUUAACUAUAAAAGCAAGAAAACGUACCUGUAAAUUUCCUUUUUCUACAGCAAACAGGUUUUGGGUAGCAGGAUGCUAGCAUUACUGCUACUGAGAGCUGAUUGGACAGCAUUACUGCUACUGAGAGCUUAUUGGAUAGCAUUACUGCUACU